UACAAUUACAACUGUCGUUAGCUCACGUGAUUAUGCUACAGCAAAUAUCUGCCAUCAUUUAACAUUCCUUCAAUCAUCCUUUUAAUUCUUAAUAAUCUCAAAUUCUCAACAAACUUUCUUUCUUUCUUUCUUUCAUUCUACUGUUAAAUUUGCAAACUUUCAGGUUUUCAAUUCCUCAAAAUAAAAAACCCACAAAAAAGAAUUCAUCUUUUUCAUAUGGUGAACUAUAAUUUGGAAGAUAUGGGUUCCAUAUGCAUCUGGGUAUUUCCUUAAAUUGGUUCUUCAUUUUUGUUCUAGAAGCUCCCAUCACACUUCAUCUUCUUCAUUUUCUGGGUUGAGGAAUUUAUGCCCAGAAAUUAUGGAUGUUCAUGGAAAUUGUUGGGGUUCCAAAAAUAAGGAGAAAUCAUGGAAGACACUAUUGGUAUUAGCAUAUCAAAGCCUUGGAGUGGUAUAUGGGGACUUGAGUAUAUCCCCUUUGUAUGUGUUCAAGAGUACAUUUGCAGAAGACAUUCAUCAUUCUGAAUCAAAUGAAGAGAUUUUUGGUGUUCUUUCAUUUGUGUUUUGGACUCUUACUCUUCUUCCUUUGUUUAAGUAUGUUUUCAUAGUUCUAAGAGCAGAUGACAAUGGUGAAGGUGGUACUUUUGCCCUUUAUUCUUUGAUUUGUAGGCAUGCUAAAGUGAGCCUUCUGCCAAACAGGCAGGCAUCUGAUGAAGAUGUGUCUACAUAUAAGAUGGAGCACCCUCCUGAGACUAAUAGCACUUCUAAGGUUAAAAUGGUGCUAGAAAAGCACAAGUGUUUGCAUACUGCAUUGCUAGUAUUGGUUCUUCUUGGUACUUGUAUGGUUAUUGGAGAUGGACUCCUCACUCCUGCUAUUUCUGUUUUCACUGCGGUUUCUGGCCUCGAGUCUUUGAUGUCCCAUGAGAAUCACCAAUAUGCUGUAAUUCCAAUUACAUGCUUCAUCUUAGUCUGCCUUUUUGCCUUACAACAUUACGGCACACAUCGAGUUGGAUUUGUCUUUGCACCUGUAGUUUUGAUCUGGCUACUUUGCAUAAGUGGUCUGGGGUUAUAUAAUAUCCUUCAUUGGAAUCCUCAUGUUUAUCAAGCUCUUUCGCCAUAUUACAUGUACAAGUUCUUGAAAAAGACCACGAUAAGUGGAUGGAUGUCUUUGGGAGGUGUUCUGCUGUGUAUUACAGGUUCUGAGGCAAUGUUUGCUGAUUUAGGACAUUUCUCUUACAUGGCAAUACAGAUUGCUUUCACUUUUCUGGUAUAUCCUACUCUUAUACUAGCUUAUAUGGGUCAAGCAGCUUAUUUGUCAAUGCAUCACGAGAAUGCUGAUGCAAUCAGUUUUUACCUUUCAGUUCCAGAAAAGGUCAAAUGGCCGGUAAUUCUGGUAGCAAUUCUUGCUUCGGUUGUUGGAAGUCAAGCAAUUAUAAGUGGGACAUUCUCCAUCAUCAACCAAAGUCAAUCACUUGGUUGUUUCCCCCGAGUCAAAGUGGUUCACACGUCAGAAAAGAUACACGGCCAGAUAUAUAUUCCUGAGAUCAACUGGAUACUAAUGGUUCUCUGUAUUGCUGUUACUAUAGGAUUCAGAGAUACAAAACACUUGGGAAAUGCAUCAGGUUUAGCAGUAAUGACAGUGAUGUUGGUGACAACAUGCUUGAUGUCCUUGGUCAUGGUUCUAUGCUGGCAUAAGCCUCCCAUUUUAGCCCUAUGUUUCCUUCUAUUCUUCGGUUCAAUUGAAAUCCUCUACUUCUCAGCUUCUCUGGUGAAGUUCACGGAAGGAGCCUGGCUUCCAAUUCUCCUAGCCCUGAUUCUCAUGACCAUCAUGUUUGUGUGGCACUACGCCACCAUAAAAAAGUACGAAUUUGACCUGCACAACAAAGUCUCCUUAGAAUGGCUACUAGCCUUAGGCCCAAGCUUAGGGAUAUCACGGGUCCCAGGCAUCGGUAUGGUCUUCACUGACCUCACUUCUGGUAUCCCUGCCAACUUCUCUCGCUUCGUGACCAAUCUUCCUGCAUUCCACAAGAUAUUGGUCUUUGUGUGUGUGAAGUCUGUUCCUGUUCCCCAUAUACCCCCAGCCGAGAGAUACCUAAUUAGCCGUGUGGGGCCCCAAGCCCAUCGGUCCUAUCGGUGCAUAAUCCGCUAUGGUUAUCGUGAUGUCCACCAAGACAUUGAUUCCUUCGAGUCUGAGCUUGCUGCCAAGUUGGAUGAGUUCAUCCGUUUUGACUGGGCCCAGGAUCACGGGGAAGGCCAACAGUCCUUCGAAAAUGAUGAGGCCCGCUCUAACGAAUCUAACGGGUGUAGAUUGGCUGUGACAGGAACCAUCAGAUACUCUCGUGAACCUCCAUAUGAGAUUGAUGAAAACCCUCAACCUGCAAGUGUGUCCAUUGGACUACCAACAGUUGAGAGCAUGAGGGAUAUCAUGGAAAUGGCACCAGUCAAACGACGAGUGAGAUUCGUCGAUGAAACAUGGGCAUCUGAUGAGAGAGAUGUUCAAAUGCUGCAAGAACUAGAUGAUUUAUGGGAUGCUCAGCAAGCUGGAAGUGCAUUUAUUAUAGGGCACUCCCAUGUUAGAGCUAAACAAGGAUCAUCAUUUCUAAAGAGGGUUGCCAUAAAUUUUGGGUAUAAUUUUCUUAGAAGGAACUGCAGGGGACCUGAUGUUGCACUCAGGGUGCCACCAGUGUCGCUUCUCGAGGUCGGCAUGGUCUAUGUUGUUUAAAACUGGGAUUUUGCUGUGUAAUUAGGCACUAAACGGUUUUGUUAAUACAUAUAAAAGGACGGGGUUUGGGGGUGGGGGAGAAGCUGUUUUUGUGCACUUUCACAUAACAGGAAGUCAAGCCUUUAAGGACAUGUUUGACUAGAAAAAAUUGUUUUGUACAGUUAGUGUUAUGUUGGUUUUACUUCCUAUGAGAGUGAAUCAUAAAUCAUGGUAGUUAAGUUUGAAAAAGAGAAUCUUAGAUGGGUUAGAAGCAUCUUGUCAUGUUUUAAAAGACGGAUGUAGUCAAGAAGUGGCAAUGUUCUUUUUGUUGCA